AUAAAAAUUUAGCCACAAUGGUUAAUUGGUUAUGUAGAGUCCAUUUUGCGAGGUUUGGAUUACACACCAGCGAGUGAUGCAGCGUCUCAAGCUCCAACUGGUGCUACCAUCACUAUCACCCUCACGCUGCUCACACGUUUCUCUGAAACCCAAUUUCCGCUUCUCUUCUUCCAAGGUUUCACCAUGGCCUGGUCUCUGUUCAUGGAGGGAGAGUCCUCUCAAUGAGAAUCGCAACUGGGGUCCCAAUGGCCCUCAACCCGAACCCGAAUCCGAACCCAUUCACUCCCCAUUCGGACAAGCUUCUUCAUUGGCCGAGCUUGGUUCUAUCGUUCUUUCCACCGCCGACCCUCUCACCAAGUCUCGCCUCUCUCACAUGGCUUACUCCCUCUGGCGCCGCCGCAACCUCCCUGUUGGACGUUCGGAUCCUCCCUCUCGACCCGCCCGACCCGAGAAGCCUCAAUUGGUUUCCCCUAAGGAAAUUCCUGCUCCCAAGAACUCAGGUUUGCCUCUGAAUGCUUAUCUGCUUCACAAUUUGGCACACGUGGAGCUCAAUGCAAUUGAUUUGGCGUGGGAUACUGUUGUUAGGUUUUCUCCCUAUAGUGAGGUUCUUGGGGAGGGGUUCUUUGCUGACUUUGCUCAUGUUGCUGAUGACGAGAGCCGUCAUUUCUCUUGGUGUUCACAGAGGCUUGCUGAGCUUGGUUUUAAAUAUGGAGAUAUGCCAGCCCACAAUUUGCUAUGGAGGGAAUGUGAGAAAUCAUCAGACAAUGUUGCUGCACGUUUGGCAGUGAUCCCACUAGUCCAGGAGGCUAGAGGACUUGAUGCUGGGCCACGCCUGGUUCAAAAAUUAGUGGGUUUUGGUGAUAAUUGGACAUCUAAAAUUGUGGCUAGAAUCGCUGAGGAGGAAGUUGCACAUGUAGCAGUUGGGCUCUACUGGUUUCUUUCUGUCUGUCAAAAAAUGGAUUGUGCCCCAGACUCCACCUUCAAAGACUUGCUUAAGGAAUAUAAUGUGGAACUAAAGGGUCCUUUCAACUAUACAGCUCGAGAGGAAGCUGGCAUUCCCCGAGAUUGGUAUGAUGCACUAUCUUCAAGCAACGAGGACAAGAAAGACAAAGAUGGCUAUAAAAAGCAGCUCUCUCCGGUUUAUGAGAGGCUGGCUUCCAUCAUUGCUAUGGAAAGAGAGAAUUCAAGUUUGGCCAAGCCACCUGAAUGAUGUUGUCAUCAUAUAAUAUGAUCAAUUCUGUUCUUGAACGAAAAAUAUUGGCUGCUGUUUGAACUAAUCUCCUCAACCGCCAACGAGCACGAGAGCGCCAUCAUAUACAAGGGAUGAGGUUAGUGAUGCAUUCUCUCAUUAGCAACGUUGUUUGACUGGAAGUGCUGAUGUAAAUUCUGAAAUCCAGCUGUCCACCCAUCCACUAUCUUUUGAGAAAAGUAAGCAAAAGAAAAAUUCAUUUUACCAUGUACGUAUACACAUUACACCAGCUUUUAGUAUAGACACUGAUGUAAAUAUACAAACUUUAUGAAUUCUUAAGAUCAUUACAAGCUCCGAGCAACACUUAAUCAAAGCUCUGUGUAUUACUCGCGGAACCACAUGUCUUCAAAUCUUCGUUGUAUUACAUAUUCAGUAUAAAAUUCCUGGAUUUUACCGUGAAAUACCCAAAAGUCGACAUGUUAUUUAUUCAUGAAAUUAGGCAGAUUGCAUGAGUAAAUAUUUACAAAAUAUUGUGAAUAUAUAUUGGUAUUGUGCAAAUAUAUAUUUUUAUUAAAAUUUUCAAUUUUUUUUAAUCCACAACAAGAGACCGAAGGUAGUAACAAACAUGGUGUUUCUCCUAAGUACUCAACGAGAUAGAGUAAGCUCAGCUGUCAAUGUUUCUAUGGCAUAUUUUAAAUGUUUUUUUUUUGAAAUUUUAGGUUCUACGUAUGAUGAUGAAUAUGUUGAUUUGAUCUUGGAGUGUUGAAUGCAUUAUUGAGAAAAUUAGGACUGUUGAUUUGACUUGAUUAAAUCAAGUGUGCCUUGUCUUAGAUUAUCCUUUGAGGUUUCAAAUCUCGUACCAGCUCCCAGCCUCCUGCACUGUGGGGAGGGCUCAUCCUCAUGGGAGGCUUUCUAGUUUCUACCCAUUUUAGGUGGGUUUUCUCCCCCUCUCUUGCGAGGGUCUUUUAUCCUUUUAAGUGUGAUUUUUCCUUAUGUUAUUUCAAUCAUGUUUUUCUCAUUCUCCUCCCACUAUCUCUCAACCUCUUUCUUUCUGUCAUCACUUCUGAAUACCUUCCUUAAAUAUUUGUUUUUGCUUCACUCUCAUCUAGUUUUCAACCACCUCUUCCCCCUGUCCCUUCUCUUAUAUUUUAGUUUCAAUCACCUCUGGAAUUUUGUGCGGCUAAGCCUCUUGUGCUGUCACUAGUCUCCCUCGCAGAAGAUCUGGCAAAGCCAGCUGGCCUGUGAAAAUAGGACAUUGAAGUAAAAAUCGAAGGAAUGGAUGUAUGAAAAAAUAGCCAAAGGUUUGGGAUUAACAUCAAAUUUGAUAGAUGAGUUUAUUUUUGUGUUCUUAUUUUUUUGUUGCUGAUUUUGUGACAAACACGCUUUGGUUUUGUAAUGUUCAAUUAUGUGCAUUGUGGUAUUGCUCAUUUAAUUUGUACUCCUCACAUGGAGAUUUAAGUGUCGUUUUGCUGCCUUAGUGGCAUUAAUCCAAUCAUACAAAAAAAAAUUCUCAUUUGAUGCAAGUGUUGAUGAGCUUCUCAAUCCAAGACUCUUGGGGGAAAAAAAACUGAGUAUUUUCAUACAAUGUCAAUAUAUAAUACUAAUGUGUAGUUAUGUUCGUCUCAUAAAUUUACAAAGUCUGCAUGUUUGUAUUUGAUAAUCCAUAUAACUUGUCUAUCUUUAUUACUAUAAGCAAACAUUACACGAAUUGUCACUGUUAAACUUUAAUAGUAGUAGUUAGGUAAGACUAAACAUUUACUAUUACCAUUUUAAUUAGCUUCUAACACAUUAUUGUUCAUUGUUUGUGUUAUAAAUUAGUUAAAAUAUUAAAAAUAUCUUAUGAUGUACUAAUAAAAAUUUAAUGUGCCAUCUUAUAUAUUCAUAAAAUUUUGAUGAACAUUGUACUGAAAUUAUUGGGAUCAUAAAAUUUAAAUUAUAAUCAUAAGCCGUACAACUAGUAUUCUAUUUCUGUAAUAUAUAAAUAGCGUAUUCUGCAGUAGUAUAACUUUCCUUUCACGAAAAUCUUGCUGUACUAGGCUCAUAUAUUAUCCUAGUGUUCUAGUUGCUUUGGCUUAAAGUCAGAAAACGUAUCUAUCCUCCUUUCCCAGCAGGACAAAGAUUCUCAAGUUACACCUAUUUCUUCUUCUCUCAUCUUUCUUUCUCAAACAAAUAAAGGAAAAAAACACUGAUAGCUAGAAAUUCAUAGAAAUGUGCAACGCAGACGGUGAGUGCAGGCCCUUGGGGUUUCUCUUGGGUCUUCCCUUCGCCUUUCUCUGUCUCGUCCUCUCAAUCGUUGGCCUUCUUAUAUGGAUUGUCGGGUUGUUGCUUACAUGCAUAUGCCCCUGCUGCUUAUGCCUCACAUUAAUAGUGGAGUUUGCUUUGGAGUUAGUCAAGGCUCCCUUGCAUGUCAUGGAGUGGUUCACCUCUCAGAUUCCCUGUUGAGUGCUUUCGCGAAUUGUAUCAGAAAGUGCAUGCUACACUGGUAUUUGGAUGGUGGAUUGGUGGUGGUGGUGAUGUCUUCUUUUUUUAAUAUGCUGGCUUGGGAAAAUGACAUAGUUUUCAAGUUUUUGACUUCUUGUGAUUUCUGGUUUCUCUGGAAAAUAACUGUAUUGGGUUCAAUGAAUUUGCACAAAAAAGAGGAAUAAAGAGUUCAUAGUAGAUUGUUGUUUCUUA